CUCCAUCUGUACCGAAACGCCGACCUCAGAUUCUCUUCGUUAUCAUGCAAACAAGUCUAUCAAUUAAUGGGCAGCACAUCAUACACUAAACUGAGUAGAUUUAGUUUCUGUCUUACACUAAACUAAGUAGACUUAGUUUGAUGAGGUGUAUUUAUUUUCUUUUGGACGGAAAGAUUCAAAAAGAAAAAAGCAGCCUUAAAGGAAGUUCAGAGAUUUCAGGGUUCGUUGACAUCGAGUCACUUUAUCUGGACAUGAGACAGAACACCAUGUUCUCACCCUGUGGCUUCUGAAGUUGGAUAUAUAUUCAUGUAUUGCAUGGCACAUGUUUGUGAACUCUUGCAGUUGUUUCAGAGGAGCUCAAGUUAACUGCUUGAAUCGACGACCAGACACGAGUCCAGCCUCGGAUUGUGAAGCACUUGAAUUCUGCGACUAAUGACGGUGAAGUUUUGCCCUUUUCUUGAAAAACAAACGCGUCGGUGAAAAAUCUGCCUCAUGUUCCUUGCUUAACAGCAUCGGAGGAACUCUAAUCUUUACUGCUAAGGUGGAGUCUUACCAUUGAAACAGUCAGGUUUCCCCGUCUGGGAACCAUAUCUCGCGAGUUCUAGAGAAGAACAAUGAAGUGAUGCAGGUAAUUGGGAAAAGAGCAGAGGCUCACAACCAGUCUUGAGCGAGUUCUCCGCAGUGAGUCCGUAGGAAUAUCUCUUCCCUUCUUUGACAAACACCCACUAGACCAGCGUUACGAUCACACGAAUCUCGUGAGUUCGUGAAGCUCAACCCGGGGAAUCUUAGUUUUAACAAGUUUGAUUAAUGCAGUAUGAAUUGAAAACUCCAGCCUGAUAGUGCGGACGCUUGAAGUCUCGGGGAUCGCCAAGAUUGCCUCACCUGGAGAAUCUUUAGCCGAAUGUUCAAUCUGCGGUUUCAUUACCGAACUCUAAAGUCUGACACUUCGGGUUCAAUUCAUAAGGUUGACUUCGAAAGGAAAUGCGGAGCUCUUGAUUCAGUGAAAACGGACCAGCAAGUCGUUCCGGACAUUAAUAAUCCACAAUGAAGUCGCAAACUGGUUCAGUGCCCGCGGCGCCGCAAAUGCCAUGCUCUCGUCGACGGGAAAGGUAACUAUCUCGAUGAAGGAUUAAGCAGUGCGAAGCAUGAAAUUCGAGGAAAGCGCAAGUACUCUGCGGAUGUGAUGGCACAAGAGCAUCAGGCACGUCCUUGCACAACUGGCGAGUGUUUGUUUAGAGAUAGAGAUGCAAGGAUAGUCCUAGGAUCGCAUCGGAUGUGCUAUGAAUAUACAUCGACCGGCGCUUUUUCGCGCCACCGAUCUCCCACUUGAUGACUUGGAGCGCUGCAGCACUCACCCCCCUUUUUAGCUACGGACGGAUGAAGUUGUCACCAGAUGCCGAGUUGUUAAUAGAACGAACGAGAACAGCGCGUUCGAGCAUAUUAUUCGGAUUGUGCACCGCUUCCGAGGCUGGCCUCUGCAUUUACACAUCGAACGGCUUUUGAUCCUUCCAAAAGACAAGGAAAUGAUUCUGCUCAUGUGUCUCAAUUUCAUGCUUUACAUCACGAAAUGCUCCCGAAUGACUGCAACUACAUGCUCGGUGUAUUUGGUGGCGACUGUAGGGUCCUGUUGAGCGCGUGCAUUGUUCAAUGAAUCUGGAUUCUCCGUGAAGCAUGGAAUUGGAGAGAGUUAGGCGGACUGCAGAUUUCACGAGUGGGUGCUGCAUUUUUUCGCCCAAGUGAUCGUGAGAAUUUCCUCGACAAUCAGGGCUUGCCUCAAACCCCCAAAGAUCUCGAUCGAUAAACCCUCCGCAGAAAUCUCUCCGUGAGGUUUGGCAUUCAUGGGAUCGGUACGACAUGGUACGACUUUUGUCUUGUAGCUGGUGUGGAUUUUUGCACAGAUGCGCUACUCUCGCUUAAUGCUGUUAGUCAAGCACAUGUGAACUUGUUGCAGUAAGCUCCGGACGUGUAAUACGGAUCGACAUUUGCAAUGCUGUAGAGCACAUUGUCUGCUAUGCUAGGAUGAGCUUGCUAAACGAUUCAACCGUUCAUAGUGCUAGUGGUCCGCUCGCAGACUCCUCUUCUCUUUUCCUCUUGUACACUCCCUUUUCACUUAGUGAUCAAUGCUUGUCAUUGUUGCAGUGAGGGAACUUUCAGGAUAUCAAACUCGUCCUGCGAGUUGUGUUAGUUUCCGAGAGGUAGUAGACCGCAUUGUAGAGGCGGAUUCUUUAAAUACUCGUCGUGACAGGAGAUCAUUCAUAGAGUUGCAGAUUUAUCAUGCUAGAUUGAAACCCAGUCUUCUCAGGGAUCGGACCUGACUGCCUCAGGGGAUUUCGCACAGGUUUUCACUUGUCCUGAGAAGAUUGAGAACUGUUCAUUCUUCCGUAGUCGUAGCGAUAAUGUGAUGCAGUAGGACCCGACACAGUUCGAAGAUAUUUCUGAAAUAAUGGUGAAUCAUAGUCCGACGCCAACGCGUAAACAUACUUCUACAACAUUACCGUUCAAUAGACGGCAAACCACUUGAACAGACUCCGCUGUCAAGCUGGCCUCCUCCAGUUUAUUCACCGGUUGUGUACAUCCCCCUCUAGACCCGACAGAUUUGUACGAGGAAAUGUCGUUGGAGAGUCUGAUAAAAAUGCAAUGCUCAGGAGCGAGGAGCAUUGAGGAGCCUAAUACACCCAGGCCUGGCGGCGUUCCGCAAGGCUCUGUCCUGGUUGUCUUGGAUGUCACCAAGGGGAUCACUACUGCUCCCGUGUACUGGGCGCUAGGCAAUGUCGUUCGCCGCGGGGAUAAUUUCAAGAUCGUGGGAAUCCUCACCCAUCUUUGCAAUCCUAUGGGGUUCCGAACUCGGGUGGACAAGAACAGCUGGAUCGGCUCGAAUGGACUUAUGCUGCAACACGAGCUAACAUUGAAAAGAAAUUCGCUCGAGGAAAUCCCCCACGUCAGGGAGUGGUGCGAGAAAGCAGGGGUGAAUUUGGAGCUCGAUGUCAAGGCAGGUUACACGACGAGGACGAUCAUUGUCGAUGAAGCCAAGGCCAUUGGAGCCUAUCACGUCGUCCUGGACAAGACCAUGAAGAGCGACAAGAAAUAUUUCAUCGAGCAUUUGAAGUGUUUUGUUUCGAGGUCGCGGCAGAGCGGCGGAGUAGAAACCAUCCGGUCCUUCUCGGUGACGAAGCAGCUUCCGCCUCUGGUUCCCAUCCCGCCGAACUCGAGUAGGUCUGUGAUCCAGCCCACUCCAUCAUCAGGAUCUAUAGUGUCCAUGGGAUCACAGUUCUCCAGCAGCUCACACGCUCGCGGAUCGAUGGGGUCUUCUGCUUCUUACGACAUUGCAUCGACAGACGGCUUCCUCACGCAAGACAGUGAUCAGCUAACGGGGGCGCCAAGCACUGGAGAGUCCAUUGAACGCCACCAGGAAACCUACGAAGUUCCUGAACACCGAUCGUCCAUCCAACUGCGAGCACUCUAUGGCGAUGUGGGCAUGCACAAAGGAAGUCAUCAGAUCGUGGGAAUUCCUCGCGUGUCUCCAGCUGAGACCGAAACAGGGUACAACAUGGUUAAUCGGAAGCCAGCUCUUCGAAAGUGGUUGGCAGAAGACGAACCAGCUGCUGCUGUGCCCUCUCACGAAAACUCCAAUCCCGAGUCCUUCAAUGAUCGUAGCAACGAGUCCAAAAUACCGGCGGUGCUCACCCAUGAUCAAUUUCGGCGUUCUCCUAACCAUUCCGGACCCCUGGACAAAAAUGCAAAUCCGGCGCCAUUGUCCCCUGCACCUGCACGCAGUUUUCAAUCCACUGCGGGGAGAACCUUUGCACCAGCGAAUGCACCGGUGAGGACUUCGUUACCUUCCCCUCCUUUUUCGAGAAUGCCGUCACCGCCGAACCACAAUCCGUCCCAGGGUUGGCAGAAAUCGGUUUGGAUAUGGACAAGGAGCAAAGAGGUGAUGCGAACUGCAGUGGAGGUUGGCUGGACGACGUUUGUUUUCACUCCCGACGUUCAACAUGUGGCUCCUCAAUGGGCCUCCAUAGAGUGGAUCAAGCCUCUGUUCUUGGAAGGAGGGCAGUUUCUGAGCGAGGACGGCAAGCAAGUGGCGCUUCUUGGACAGGUAUACUCUGGCGAGCAGCUGGACUACCUCCCGGCUAUGAUGGGCGGAGCUGAGACGGUUGUCAUCAACGACCUGGACUGGCAAGUUAUACCUCCUGAAGACGUAGUUGCGGCGUUCCAAGGUCGCCGCACUAAUCUUUUCGCCACCGCCAAUACCGCUGCCGACGCCCAAGUGUAUCUAGAGGCUCUUGAGGUCGGCACGGAUGGCGUGGUUCUCCACACAGACAGCUGCUCCGAAAUCACUGCUCUUAGGGAUUACCUGGCUGCAAAGAAGAUCGAGAAGGAUCGCGCCGUCGAGGGUACACCAGUAGAAUUACCCGUCAAAGAGAUGAGUGAGCUGAAACUAAAGCCAGAGCCGACACUCGUAGCUAGAACAGAAACCAAUACUUUGAACACGGUUGGCUCGUCUCCGAGUUUAAACAUUAAUCCCCUCAAUCGGGUCGGUUCUUCGCCAAGGUCAGCAGAGUCGCCGAGCUGUUCUGUGCAAAAUUUGUCUGCAACUCCAGCACCACAAGGAUUGAGGCUUGUCAACGCUACUGUCAAAAGUGUGACUUCCGUGGGCGAAGGCGACAGGGUGUCCGUAGACCUCUGCAAUCUGUUGAACCCUGGCGAGGCAUUGCUUGUUGGUUCUUUUUCGAAGGGGAUGUUCCUGGUGCAUUCUGAGGUGCAAUUCAACAACACAAGCCGCCGAUCAUUUCGUGUCAAUGCGGGUCCUGUCCAUGCAUACACUGGUAUGGCCAGAGGGCAUAUCACGUACUUGUCGGAGCUGGAGUCUGGAGGUCAAGUCUUAGCAGUAGAUGCUAAUGGCAAUUUCCGCACGGUACUUGUGGGUCGUGUGUCGAUCGAAUCGAAGCCUCUCGUUCUCGUUGUGGUGGAGGCUGAUGGGGAACAGUUCAGUGUCAUGCUUCAAGACGCAGAUUCAGUCCGCCUCGUUGUUCCUGCCGAAAUGCAACGUCCAGGCAGUGAAGCCGUAGCGGUAACAAAGUUGCAACCAGGUGACACCGUGCUUUUGAGCAUAGAAGACAGCGAUUGCUCUUACGAACAGUAAUGAUCUUGCACAGGGAAUACCAACGAUCAAGGAAUUGGACCUGCCGUUUGUUCUUUUUUACCCUUUUUUUUUUUUUUUUUUUUUUCUUCCCCCUUUUGGAAAGGAACGAGAUUGUCUUGUACCAAUAGAGGAGAUUGGCCUUGAUUUGUGACCUGCACUGUUAAGCACGCCACCUACUCCGAAGUACUCCUUCCAAACUUCAGCCUCGUCUCAUCCAAGGUCUGGAGUUUCAACGUAAGUGGCCUGUGUGUAAUUAUUCUUGAUGAGAGUGCAUGUAAUAAAUCCUAGAAUUAGCAAAAACUAUGCAGUGUGUAUCCUACACUGUGCUGAGAUGUAGAGAUGCUCUGUCACUGUAAUUAUAACAUGCCACAAGUUCUGCUUCGGUAACAUUGUUCUGAUAUCA